AUGGAAUAUGUAUUUUAUGCGGGACGUGCAUAUAAAUGUAUUCGUGCUUCUAUUUUACAGAAACAAUUAUUGAGAGAGAUGGAGGAAUGGAUUGAAGAAAUGCACAAAGAAUUAGAGAAAGGAGACAGGAGUAUCGCUGAAACUGGAUGUGGAAUAACGAAUGGGGGUAAAAAGAAAUUAGGGAAGGGAGACAAAGAAUGGUGUGAAUUUAUUCUAGGGUAUUUAUGGAAGAUAAAGGAAAAGACGAGGGAUCAACCGGGGGAUAGCAUUGUAAAUGUAAAAAUGAAAGCAUAUGUGCGCUGUGCUGUUAUGAAAGUAUGGUUUCUCGUAUAUAGAGAUAUGUACUGUAAGGCUCAGGAAGUUAUAGAGCGUGCGUUCGCUGCAAUGGAAGAAUUAUGCCAAUUAUUUUCACACGGGACAGGCUGCAAUGAAUGUAAAUAUGGAACAAUUCCAGUUGUAUUUGUGGGAAGUGUAAAUAUUUACAACCUAAUAUUAAAAAAGGUAAAGGAAAAAAGUGCGAUGUUAAACAAGAUGUAUAGCUGGGUUCCUAAGAAUGUGUGCAAUAAAGACAAAGGAAAGAACACUGCACCGGUUGUAGCACAUCCACAUCCUCAACUACAGUCAGCAACAUCAGCAGCACAUGGUAUGACCCUCACCACGCCAGAUGCAAACACGGAAUUUACAGGAAUGUUCGGAAGAUGGUUACAGGGGAAGAAAUCCCAAGGGAAGGUAAAAUAUAUAAGUUCCAUAAUACUAAAUGAAAAUAUAAUAUUUCAACAAAAAAUAAGGAUAAAGUAUGGCAGGAUCUGA